AUGGCAUUAUCGGCUCAAGACGGUAUCAACGAAGCUGAACGAGCCGGCCUCGACAAGCACGGUUAUCUCUUUGGCAAGAAGCUCACACAUUCACUUUCUCCUUUUCUUCAUCAGGUCAUCUACGACCAUCUUAACCUCCGCUGGAGCCAACUCCGUCUUGAUUCAUCAGACCUACAGCAAUUCUUAGAUCUAGUACAGCACCCAUCAUGUUUCGGUGAGCAAUUCUUAACCGCCUCUUUCAGUUACGCUCAAACUAAUCGUGGCUGGUCCCCUUCAGGUGCAUCUGUUACAAUGCCCAACAAAGUGGCCAUUAUUCCCCAUCUUGAUGAAAUGACAGAUGAGUGCCGCGACGUGGGAGCUUGCAACACUGUCUUCUUCAAAAACCGCAAUGGCCGGCGAGUUUUAUGCGGCACCAACACGGAUGUCAUCGGCAUCCGCGACUCUUUUUUCUACAACGUCAAAGAUCCGGCCCUCACGUACCAUGACCGGCCGGCUCUCGUCAUCGGCGGCGGAGGUGCCGCGCGCAGUGCCAUCUACGCUCUGAGAAAGUGGAUGAACGUGAAAGAAAUAUAUCUCGUGAACCGGGACGCUUCUGAAGUCGAGGCUGUCAUCCGAGACUGCGCAUCGCGAGGCUAUGGCCAAGAUCUCUUGCACAUUUCCACAAUCAGCCAGGCGAGAAAUGCUGCCGGACCUGGUGCUAUUGUUGCUUGUGUGCCCGAUUUCGUACCACAGACAGCAGAGGAGAAGCUAGCAAGGCAGAUUACUGAGAUUUUGCUAGAUAAAGAGCACAAGGGCGCCAUGCUUGAAAUGUGCUACAACCCCACGCCGUUUACUGCGUUGGGCAUGCUUGCUGAGAAGAAAGGGUGGGAUGUAAUUUUGGGAACAGAGGCGUUAAUAUGGCAGGGAUUGGAGCAAGACACAUAUUGGACAGGGAACACGAUUGAAGGCCUGCCGGCUGAGAAAGUCAAGGCGGCGAUUGCGGCAAAUGUAGCUCAGAGAUCUCAAGCCAAACUGUAA